AUGACAACUUCAUCAAGAGAUCAGUCUCCAUAUCAGCGAUCAGCGAUUAAACUCACCUCUUUCAACACCUCAGACAAGGGAGGAGUGUACGGCUCUGUGCCUUCGCAAUGGGCCACUCAACGUUCUUCACCGGGACAACCGAGCCAACUGUUAUACAACUCCAAUAAGCCUACUAUGUCGGCCUCGUCAUCGCAGCAAGAACAGUGUUUCACACCGACGUCGACCCUCACCAGCCAGGGAUCGACGAGUAACUAUGAUGGUCAAACUCCGACGCCUGGAUCACCACAGAAAAACGCUCCACUUUAUGGUAGAACCACAUCGAACGGCGGUGGUGAUGGAGUCUACGGUACACUCGGUAAUGACGCCACAUACGCUAACCGUACCCUUCAAAAGCCAUUACGGUCUGUCUCAGCCGGCUCCACUAUUGUACGCCAUACAGUGAAAACUGUUGGUCAAAGAAACGACGAUUCUGCUAACUUCAGCCUUACAUCGUCGAACGGUAGCUCCGACGUCAACAAAACUAGUAAUGAUUUUGCCACCAGCAUUGUAUGA